AAGGAAGAAUACGGGUCAUAGAGAAGGGUGGAGAGAACCAAACAAACAAGAACGACGACUCUCCAAGAUUCUUUUUCUUUUGAUCUUUUCUAGUUCUAGAUUUUUAGUUUGAUCCCACUCGCUUUGCGACAAACCCUAGCAGUUGUCUGCAGUUGAAGGGGUCUCCUUCUCUCUCUUUCCUCUUCUUCUUGUCCCUUCUUCGGGCUCCAAUCUCGAAUGGAUCGGUACCAGAGGGUGCAGAAGCCGAAGGAGGCAACCUCUGUCAAUGAGAAUGAGAUUCGUAUUACGGCUCAGGGUAGGAUGCGCAGCUACAUCACUUACGCCACCAGCCUGCUUCAGGUAUCAACCUCCUUGCCCAAGCAUCAGGUGAAACCACUUUCUGAAUUUGAUUAUGGUGGAGAGGGCUCACCUGGUGGUCGGGGCAGAGGUCGUGGGGAUCAUGGCAGGGGAAGAGGGCUAGAGGAAAUGAUACUCUGGCUGUGGAUUACAGCGAUGGAGGAAGGGACAACAGGGGAUGCGGAUAAUGGCAUAGGUGGUUGGGGCCGUGGUAGAGGUAAUGGCUUCCGAGGCCGUGGCAGAGGCUAUGGUGGCUGGACUGACCACCAGCAGGACAACAGAUAUAAUGAUGAAGCUCCAAUUUUCAAUCAUGGCAGAGGUUGUGGUUGUGGGUGGGGUCAAAACCGAGGAAGGGGUCGUGAUUCUAGAUCAAAUGGACUGGUCCGUACAGUUAAUGGUGGAGCAUAACUGGAUUGAUCUUUAUCAAGUCUGUUUCUACAUCAUUCGGUGUUGGAUGCCUGCUCCUAUGUGCUGGUGUUUACCAUUUGUCUUACACACAUCAAUUAACCAUAGUUCAUGUAAGCUGUCUUGGCUUCAGGGUGACAGUUGAAUUUAUUCUGUUGGUUUAAUUAUCUUCUAAUUAGAUUAAGUAAUUGUAGCAUUUCACUAACAGAGCAGUACAUUCUUUUAUUUAUUUUUUAUUAACCUUGUUUGGUCAAUGAGGAUGUACCGUUUCUGUU